AAUGCACUGACCUUACUUGGAAUGUUGCAUCUCAGUUUCUCAGUACGACUCUUUAGUCGUCUAGUCAGGCAGUUUGGUUUGUAAGUACCUAGUGGGUAUAGUGUAGCCAGUCAUAAUAAAAAAAAAUAUAUUUUGAAAUCUUUGAAAACAUUUUACGGUAAUCAUAAAUAAAUUGAAUAUUUAUUUAAGCGCACGACUCUGGCUUACAACAUACACCAUUAAAAUUUAUAAUAAUGAUGCGCUUUAAAUUAUUUGAUUGAUCAAGGUCUGGUGUUUAGUUGGAGAUACCCAUUUGUUAUCAAACGUAAUUUUUAAUAAUGUACAGCAAAGGAGUGUGGUUGAAACGAUUUAUCAAUAAAAACUUAUUGAGUUGCUAUAAACGAAACAUUUUGAAUUUGAGAACUUUUUCUACUAACAAUGUUAAUUCUAACGUUUUGACUUGUGAUAGUGGUGAUGUUGAUUUACCUGACUCGACAAUACCGGAAUUUAUUCUACCCAAAUUGGAGGAGUACCACAAAUAUACUGCAUCAGAAUGCGCAACGACAGGAAGAAAAUACACCUUCGGACAGGUCAGAAAGAAAUGCAAAAACUUGAACAAAGCCAUUCGCCAUAUUUUCAAAUUGCAAAAAGGCGACGUAGUAGCCAUUUUGUUGCCAAAUUGUCCCGAAUUCGCCAUUUCUGCGCUAGGAAUACUGGAAGCAGGAUUAGUUCUUACCACUUUAAAUCCCAUUUACACUCCAGAUGAAAUAUCAAAACAAUUGAUUGAUUCGUCGGCCAAAGUCCUGAUUACCCAAGUACAAGGUGUCAACAAUGCAAAAGCAGCGGUUCAAUUAACUCAAAAACAUAUACCAAUAAUUGCAAUAAAAAGACUACAAAAUGACAGUAUUCCUGAAGGAGUCAUCGAUUUUGAAGAACUCGUUAAUAAUAAUGAUAUCUCUAUAUCGGAUGCAGAUCACGUAAAAUCUAGUGAUUUGGCGUUUUUGCCUUACUCCAGCGGUACUACUGGAUUACCGAAGGGUGUAGAAUUAACUCAUCACAAUAUUAUUUCAAAUUUGUGCGAGAUAAGCCACAAGGACUACAAUUACUUCGACCCACCGACAGAUAGUUCACAAGACGUAACAGCGGCCGUACUACCGUAUUACCACAUUUACGGUUUCUGUUUAUCCUUAUUAAAUAUGGCAUAUAACGGAGCAAAAACAGUUACAAUAGAAAAAUUUACACCGGAAGUGUAUCUAUCAGUUCUGCAAAAGCACCCAUUGAGCAUCAUAUACGUCGCACCUCCAUUAGUUUUAUUUUUUAUCUCACAUCCCCAUGUUAAAGCGGAACAUUUCGAUCAUCUAAAAGUGUUAACAUCAGGUGCUGCCCCCUUAGGACAUUCAGACGAAGAAAGAUUUAUCAAAAAACUUGGAAGGGAAACAAAUAUUUGCCAAGGUUAUGGGUUGACGGAAACCUCCCCAAUACUUACCUAUUCGCCAAAAGGUACGAAAAGGACAGAACAUAGUAGUGGAUCGGUGGGGAAAGUCGUACCAAAUACCUUGAUCAAAAUAGUAUCACCAGAUGACCCAACAGGUACGCCACUGGGUCCGAAUGAAAAGGGCGAAUUGCUUACCAAAGGUCCUCAAGUAAUGGGAGGGUACCAUAAGAGAGAAGAAGAAAGCAAAAACGCAUUUUUAGAUGGGUGGUUCAGAACAGGAGAUAUAGGUUAUUACAAUGAGCAGAAACAAGUUUUUAUUACCGACAGAAUAAAGGAAUUAAUAAAAGUGAAGGGUUAUCAAGUGGCUCCAGCGGAACUGGAGGCAGUAAUCAGGGACCAUCCGUCCAUAGAGGACGCUGCAGUCAUCGGCAUUCCACAUUCUAAAUACGGUGAAGUCCCUAGGGCGUAUAUAGUACCGAAGAAGGACGUUACGUUAGAUAUAGAAGAUUUGAAGAAAUAUGUGGCGGUAAAAGUAGCUCCUUAUAAACAACUCCAAGGAGGCGUGCAAAUUUUGGAAAAUAUCCCCAAGAAUCCCUCUGGAAAGAUUCUAAGGAGACAAUUGAAAAUGGGUUUCGAGAAAAAUGGGGUAUAAUAGUAAUACUUUUAUAUGUGUUGGUAUUGUUUUAAGUAAUUCUCAAAAAAAUCAUUUUUUUGUAAAUAUCUUUUUAAAAACACAUGUUAGAGAAAGAUCUAUUAUAAAGAACAUUAUUGGAUAAAAAAAUUCUACAAGAUACAUCAAAUAAAUUUUUUCUACGACUUACUUUUUAGGCGCUAGAAAUAGUAUAAUACAUUUUUUGAACUUGGAAAGAAAUAUAUUUAGAAUAUUUUUAGAUGCGCUGUUUUUAAUAAUAAUUUUUAUUGAUUUUGGACUAAAUUAAAUGGAUUAGUUUUAAGAAGUAUUUUUUGUACGUUUCUAAGGAGACAAUUGAUGAUGGGUUUUGAGAAAAAUGGGGUAUAAUGGGAAAACUUUUAUAUGUUUUCUUUAUUGCUUGGUAUUGUUUUAAGUAAUUCUCAAAAAAUCAGUUUUUGAAAACACCUUAGAAAAAUCAAUUAUAAAGAAAAUUUAUCCAUAUAAAAUUUUCUACAAGAUAUAUCAAACAGAUUUUUUUCUACGACCUACCGUUUAGGUGCUAAAAUAGGAUUAUAAUAAAUUUUUUCUACACCCGUAUUAUAACAAUGCACUUAUAUGCCCAUAAUCCGUUUCAUAAUGAUACCCAUUAUGAUACAGAUUUUUCAUUACGAUACAGAUUUUUAAUCAAUAGAA